UCUACUAUAAUUUCGCCUCUAUACUUGGGCCCUAUUUAUUGGUCGCACACCCACCAAUAUGUACCAAGUUGCGGCACUGAUGUCAAGUAUUUGCAUGACCAGAUUACGGAGCCGAAAUCAAGAUUGGAUCUAACUAAAGAUGUAUACAAGGUUUUUAAGCAUAACGGAUUUUUAAAAUCUUUAGUAUUUCUAUUAAUAAAGCCUAACAUCUUAUACGAUUUAUUAAUUAUCAUAUUAUGGUUCAUUUUAAAAGACACCGCGGUACCUGUGUAUGAUUCUCGCAAACGUGCUUUUUAUCACCACGUCGAUUGGAUUUUCGUUUACCGAAAUAAGUCGACGCGUGCACGCAAUCAUUCCGCGUCAUCUAUCCGUUCAUCAUUGGACCGACGUACGCGCAAUAUAAUAAUAAUAAUAACAUCAUAACUUUAGGUACACAUAAGUGUCGACAGUUGCGUAGCCAGGAAUUUUGUAUGGGGGAAGGGCGGAGGUUUAUAGCCCCCUUUGCCAUCCCCCUGGCUACGCCACUGUAUGUAGACGACGAUGUCCAUAUACGAAGAUGAGCUCAGUUUUUAAGACGUUAAUAAUAAUAAUAACAAUGUACGUGCUCAAUCUAAAGCACCCGUUAAACCGUGCAGUUGAAGUGAAAAUAUAUCGUCAGCUUUACUUGCACGACAAAAAAAAAUAUUACAUUGUCUGCAUCACUAAUAAUUAUAAUAAUAACAAUGAUUUAUUUACACAGGCGCCGCCCAGAAUAAAGUCGUUCAUAUCGGCCUGUUACUCGAUGACUCAGCCGGUUGGAAAUCUAGUGGUCGUCGUUGUUUCGGCUUUGUCCUUUCAUAAACAAGUACAUGAAUAUCUAUUUUUCUCUGGACUCAUGCUUGCAAACACAUUGUUAUUGGCUUAUUUGAGUUAUAAUUACAAGUACAAAGCUUUCAGACAACGGUUAAAUGACAAUGACGACGACCACGGCGGCGACGAUGACCUCAUCACAAAUCAAAGCGGACUUCAACUCGAAAGGAAGUGAUCAUUGAAUGCUUCCUUUAAUACAUUCUGUCUGAUUUCAUAUACGGAUUGAUUUAAUUUAAUUACAAAUUUAAUCUUUGUAUCUAUUUUUAUUAUAAUCUUUUGUUAGUAUAUUAUUUAUUUUUGAAUAUAAUUCGACGAGAUAGUAAAUAAUAUAUUAUUAUACUGACAGAGAACAGAUUAUACCAACACGUCAUUAAUUAGCAAACCUCUUGAGUUAUGCUAAUGAUAUUUUAAAAGCAUUAAUUCCAUAGUGCUGUUUUUUAAUCUGGACGGUAUAUAUUCGAAUGAUAUUUAAACUUGUAUUUUUUAUUUAAUAGGUAUAUUAUAGUACAGUAAUAAACAUUCACAGAUAUCAACGUUGGGAAAUUUCAUAUUUGAUAGGUAGGUUAUCACUAUUAUCACCUAGAUAGAAUCCUCUCAAAUUUUGUAGUCAUACAAAUAUUUAACUAUACUCUGGUCUAUUGUGUCCUGGAAAAACCGAUUAUUAGUUUAUUUCAGUGAGGUUUAUCAGUGAGGUCAGAAUACCAAUACACAAUAAUUAUCAACAGUCUAUUGACUGCUGUGACAGCGUAAUGUAUAGACAAUAUAGGUACAUCGCCGAAGCAUUGGUUGUUGUUCCGAAAUCAUUAUAUUAUACUAACUCACUGAUGAUUUUUUAACACUGUACGCGUACUUGUGCUCUACAACACUCAAUAACAAUAAU